UGUGGGAACUCGGGGAACCCCGUAGUCCAGAAUCCGGGGCGGAGGACUCUGGCUUCCCUAGGAGGACGUGAGAACUCCCGGUAGCCACAGGUGCCACGUUCAGUGUCCUGGGAAAGUCACAGUCACAGCGCAGUGGCGGGAACCGCAGCCCGGCGGCCCUGGAACCUCCCAGGUCUCACAUUGCUCAGUCAGAUCCUGCUCACCUCUGAAUCAGAACAAGAGCCCUGGAUGGUGAAGGGAGAGGAGACAGUAGCAAAGGACCCAGAAGAGUUCCAGUCUUUGUUCCUAAGACAGAAACUCAGAGAAGAGCAACAGGGAAAAUGGAUGCUUCUCCAAUAAAUGUUCCCCAGGGUCUGUUGACAUUCAGGAAUGUGGCUGUGGUCUUCUCCCAGGAGGAGUGGGAAUGUCUAGAUUCUUCUCAAAGGGCUCUAUACAUGGACGUAAUGUGGGAGAAUUACAGCAAUCUAGUUUUUGUAGAGAACCACUGCAUAUGUGGUAAAUAUGAGAAGGUCUUGGAUCAAGACUCAAAGCAUAUUGUCCACCAGCAUGUGUAUGUCCAAGAGAAGUCUCACAAAUGGUCUGACAAAAUGAUUCAUGAAUCCCCCCAGUGUAUUCCUUAUAACACAAGUGAUACUACAGAAAACUGCAAGAAUUUUGGAAGUGGUAACCACAGGUAUAACUCUAUUGAGUCAUCAAACCUAAAGAGACAUAAAAGUGGGAACACUGUAGAAGAACAAUACACGUAUAAAGAUUACGGGGAGUGUUUAAAUUUGUGUUCUACCAUUAGCCAGUAUCAAAGAAUCCACACUGGAAAGAAAGAACACAAAAAUACAGAAUAUGAUGAAAUUCUGGACUUUCAACAUGAACUCACAUUGAAACAAAUCCAUAAUGGAAAGAGACCAUACCAAUGCAGGAAAUGUGGAAAGUGCUUCAGGACCUAUUCAAUCCUCAGUGGACAUCAGAGAAAUCAUUCUGGAGAGAAACUCCAUAAAUUUAUAGAGUGUAAUAAGUCCUUUCUGCAUUUGUCACACCAGAAAGUACAUCACAACAUCCAUUAUGGAAAGAAAACCUAUAAAUGUACAGAAUGUGGCAAGUGCUUUUAUCAUUCAUCAGGUUUUAAAAGACGCUACGGAAUCCAAACUGGAAAGGAGACUUACAAAUGUAAAAAUUGUAGAAAAUCCUUUAUCUGUUGCUCAGGUCUUAGAAAACAUGAGAAAAUUCAUGGAAGAGGGAGGCCUUAUAAAUGUAAACAAUGUAGUAAGGCAUUUUAUAAAUUGUCCCACCUUGAAUACCAUUACAGAACCCACAGUGGAGAGAAACUUUACAAAUGUAAUGAAUGUGGCAAAUUCCUUUCUACAUCCUCGGGUCUUAGAAAACACCAGAGAAUUCAUACAGGAGAGAAAAUUUACAAAUGUAGUGAAUGUGGGAAAUCCUUUACCUUUCGAACAUCUCUUAGACUACAUCAAAGGAUUCAUACUGGAGAAAAACCUUACAAGUGCAAUGAAUGUGACAAAUCCUUUAUCCAGAAAGUCAACCUUAGAACACAUCAGGCAGUUCAUACAGGGGACAAACCUUACAAAUGUAGUGAAUGUGAGAAAUCUUUUACUGUUGGCUCAGGUCUUAGAAGACAUCAGACAAUUCAUACCGGAGAGAAACCUUACAAAUGUAGUGAAUGUGGGAAAUCCUUUACCAUUGUCUCAGAUCUUAGAAAUCAUCAGAAAAUUCAUACUGGAGAGAAACCUCACAAAUGCAGUGAAUGUGACAAAUGCUUUAUCUGGAAAGCUGAUCUUAGAACUCAUCAGAAAACCCAUACAGGAGAGAAACCUUACAAAUGUACUGAAUGUGGGAAAUCCUUUUCCACUUGCUCAGGUCUUAGAAGACAUCAGAAAAUUCAUACUGGAGAGAAACCUUACAAAUGCAGUGAAUGUGAGAAAUAUUUUGUCCAGAAAGCCAAUCUUAGAAGACAUCAGAGAAUUCAUACAGGGGAGAAACCUUACAAAUGUAGUGAAUGUGGGAAAUCCUUUAACACUGGGUCAUAUCUUAGAACACAUCAGAAAAUUCAUACUGGAGAGAAACCUUACAAAUGUAGUGAAUGUGACAAAUACUUUAUCCAGAAAGCCAAGCUUAGAAUACAUCAGAAAAUUCAUACAGGAGAGAAACCUUAUAACUGUAGUGAAUGUGACAAAUGCUUUAUCCAGAAAGGCAAUCUUAUAAUUCAUCAGAGAAUUCAUACAGGAGAGAAACCUUACAAAUGUAGUGGAUGUGAGAAAUCCUUCUCCAUUGGCUCAGUUCUUAGAAAACAUGAGAAAAUUCAUACUGGAAGAAACCUUACCAAUGCAUUGAAUGUGACUAAUUCUUUAUCCAGGAAGCCAGGUUUAGAACUCAUCAAACAAUUCUUACAGGAGAGAACCUUAUAAAUUCAGUAUAUAUAGCAAAGUCUUUGUUCACCUCUCAGGUCUAAGAAAACAUCAGAAAAUGAAAACUGGAGACAAAGUUUCCAUAUUAAAUAAUGUAUAAAGCCUUUGCUUUACCCAGGCUCUGUCCUUAUGAACCACUGCAAGCUCCACUGUAGAAAAUCAUGAACAUGAGAAACUUGUGAAAGCCUUUAAGUAAUUCUCUAAUCUUUAAAAAAAAAAAAAUUAACACUUUAUAAUAAGGAAAAAUUCUGGAACUGUGACAUUGUAGGAAAAUUUUUGUUAAAACAUUUUACUUUUUCAACCUCAAAUACUUCAUAAUGAAGACAAAAUGAAGAAGUCUAAAGAAUGUGCUGUUGUGUAGCAGUUUUCUGGAGACUAAAGCAUUCCAUCCUGUGGGGUAGCUGAUUAGGGCAAGAAAUAAACCAUUUUAAAAAAGCUUCAAGAAGUUCCUGAAACUACCAGGAUUCACUAUGCUCAAUCCUAUGGAAGAAACUUAUACUAGUUUUGCAGCAAGAGGCUUUGAUGAAUUAAGCCAGUAAGAUACAGUGCUCUUUAACAUGUAGGUAUACCUGCAGGUGUGUACUAUGCUGUGGAUAUCCAGUGUUCAAAAGCUGUAUUUCACGCUGACUUGGACUUUCAUGAUGGCAACUGUCUUUACAUAACUUUUGCUUUUGCAAACAACUCCAGUCCCAUGUAUAUGAAAGUAACCCCAAUAAAGCCCAUUGGUUCAACGA